AGCACCAUAGAGCGGCGCGGCGCAGAGCGGCCCCCACACCUCCACUUCCGCCGGAAGUCCCUGCUGCUUUCCCAUAACCACCCGCGCGGCCGCGCUCCUUCUCUUCAGGCGCCGCCGUCAUGGGCAUCGACAUCCGCCACAACCGGGACCGGAAGGUUCGGCGCCGCGAACCCAAGAGCCAAGACAUUUACCUGCGGCUGCUCGUUAAGCUGUACCGCUUCCUGGCCCGCCGGACCAACGCGCCCUUCAAUAAAGUCAUUCUGAAGCGGCUGUUCAUGAGCCGGAGCAACCGGCCCCCGCUGUCGCUGUCGCGGAUGAUCCGCAUGAUGAAGCGCCCGGGGCGCGGGGACAAGACGGCCGUGGUGGUGGGGACGGUGACGGACGACGUGCGCAUCCAGGACGUCCCCAAGCUCAAGGUUUGCGCCCUGCGGGUGACACGAGGCGCCCGGAGCCGCAUCCUCAGGGCGGGGGGGACGAUCUUGACCUUCGACCAGCUGGCCAUGGCCACCCCCAAGGGCAAAGGGACCGUCCUGCUGUCGGGUCCCCGCAAGGCCCGGGAGGUUUAUCGGCACUUUGGGAAAGCGCCGGGGACCCCCCACAGUCACACCAAGCCCUACGUGCGCUCCAAGGGGCGGAAGUUCGAGCGGGCGCGGGGGCGCCGCGCCAGCCGGGGCUACAAGAACUGACCCCCCCCAAUAAACGGGACCCCCCGAGUCA